CCGGGGGCCGGGCGGGGGAAUGGCCACCCGGCGGCCAACCUGCGGCGUCCGGGUCUUCCCUUGUUUCCCCAGGCGGCCGACCCAGCGUUGGGAUCCGCCGGCCCUGGGCCCGGGGCGGGAGAAGGACGGGCCGUGGAGUCCACGCUGCCGUGUGAGGGCGACGGCGGCCCAGCCUGACCCGCAAGACGGGGACAAUACCCAACACGCACACAACUACCCCAGGCUCAGCAGGCAGGAGCCAAUGGCCAGCGACAGAGCCAAACCCUGUGAGCUCGACCAAGAGAAAUACGAUGCUGAUGACAACGUGAAGAUCAUCUGCCUAGGGGACAGCGCUGUGGGCAAGUCCAAACUUAUGGAGAGGUUUCUCAUGGAUGGAUUUCGGCCACAGCAGCUGUCCACAUACGCCCUGACCCUGUAUAAGCACACGGCCAUGGUGGACGGCAAGACCAUCCUUGUAGACUUUUGGGACACAGCAGGCCAAGAGCGGUUCCAGAGCAUGCAUGCCUCCUACUACUACAAGGCCCAUGCCUGCAUCAUGUGGAUGGUCGUGCAGAACUGCUCCAGCUUCCUGAUCAAGAGGAUGAAGCAGACGUCCAGCACUGAGCCUUAGUAUCCUGAGGGCUCGCAGCUCCUUCCCUUCAAGGGUCCAGUUCGCCUCAAGACUGCGGCGUGGAGCUGGCACCCGAAGACAAGGUGUAAUGGUGCUCCGGAGGUGGAGAUCCAGCCGGUGACAACUCGCCACCUCCUGCGUGCAGACCACUUUCUGCAGCACCGGGCAGAUGUGCAAGAACAAGCAUCGCCCAGAUGUGUGCACCUUGGCCACUCGCAGGGCCAGCGCCAUCCUGCGUAGCUAGGAUCCCCUGCUGGGGAAGAGGAAGCCACCCGCCCAACUCCAAAGCAAUAAAGAUGUCAACCACCUCAAAAUAAGAAUAAUAGAUUAAAAUUACUUUUAAAAGGUUUAAAAUACAAAAUGAACAACAGAUUAAACAAAAGUUUAAAAUUAAAAGCACAUUGAUGGUGGGUGCCUGGGUGGCUCAGUCAGUUGAUUGCAGCUCAGGUCAUGCUCUCAGGUGGUCAGAUGGAUCCCCACAUCGGGCUGUUCUCAGUGUGGAGUCUGCAGGAGUUUCUCCCUCUCCUCGUCCCCCCUGCUUGCAGUGUGUCUCAGAUGAAUAAGUAAAAUCUUUAAAAAAUAAAAAAAAGGUACACCAAUAGUAACUACAUAGAAACUUUAGAAGCACUUGAAAUUAUAACAGCAAUUUUUUAAAGAUUGAUUGAUUGAUUGAUUUUAGAGCAUGUGCAUGCAAGAUAGGGGAAGGGCAGAGGGAGAGGAGGGAGACUCUCAGGCAGACUCUACACUGUGCAUGGGGCCCGGUGCAAGGCUUGUCCUCACAACCUGCAGAUCGUGACCUGAGCCAAAACCAAGAGUUGGUUGCUCAACCAACUGACUAAGCCACCUCGGGGACCCACAAAGUAAUUUUAAGACACAGUUUAAGCAAUAAUAGGCUAAGAAAAAAAUUACAAUUUGUAACAGACUAUAUUGAUUAGUACUAUGAUACAUCUCGAUUAAAAUAGGUACACAGGGGCACAUGGGUAGCUCAGUCUGUGAAGUGUCUGCUUUCAGCUCAGGUCAUGAUCCCAGGGCCCGGGAUUGAGUCUCACAUCAGGUUCCCUGCUUUGUGAGGAGUCUGCUCCUCCCUCUGUCCCCUCCCCCCAAUCAUGCUCUCUCUCUUGCUCGCUCUCAAAUAAAUUCUUUAAAAAAAAAUAGGUACACAGGAUUAGGUGGCAAAAUAAAACAAGUAAACUUUAAAAACCACUUUUGGGUCUGGAGGUUCUGGGGGCUUCCCUGAGAAGGGCAGCCCCAAAGCCGCCCAGCUGCUUGUGUGUGUGUCAGGUGUGGGUGGUAUGCAGACCCUGACACACCUAAGCUGUUUUCCUUCCUCUGUUCG